GUAGCAGACGAUAGAUGGUUGUGCGUUGGUCUGGUCGGUUAGGUGGAGUUUGUUGUUGGAGUGCUGUGAGGUAGUGUCUUAUUUAGUGAAUUUGAAAAUAGUGGUAAAAUACUUGCACAGGUUUAAUAGGAAUAGGCGUUCAACUUCUGUUGCUUGAAGAUAUCAGCGUGGGGACUCUUUGAGGGGGGGCUUGACCCAACGUCGUCACCAUGACGACGGACAUAUCACUGGUCCGAUGGGACCCGACGUUGCAACAGGAGAUAGUGGAGGACUAUGAAUAUGAUGGUGGUAACUCUUCAUCUCGCCUCUUCGAACGAUCCCGCAUUAAGGCUUUAGCUGACGAACGAGAAAGUGUACAAAAGAAGACGUUCCAAAAAUGGGUAAAUUCUCAUCUUGUACGUGUAUCGUGUCGAAUCAGUGAUCUCUAUGUUGAUCUACGAGAUGGUAAAAUGCUGCUUAAGCUAUUAGAAGUCCUGUCAGGAGAGAGAUUGCCUCGCCCUACAAAAGGUAAGAUGCGAAUUCACUGCCUUGAGAAUGUAGACAAAGCCUUACAGUUCCUGCGGGAACAGAGGGUUCACCUGGAGAACAUGGGCUCACAUGACAUUGUGGAUGGCAAUCCACGUCUGAGCUUGGGACUUAUCUGGACAAUCAUCCUUAGGUUCCAGAUCCAAGAUAUUACAAUCGAAGAAACAGACAACCAGGAAACUAAGUCUGCCAAGGAUGCACUGUUGCUGUGGUGUCAGAUGAAGACUGCUGGCUACCAUAAUGUGAAUGUGCGCAACUUCACCACAUCAUGGCGCGAUGGCUUGGCCUUCAAUGCCAUUAUCCACAAACACCGCCCUGACCUCAUACAGUUUGAGAAAUUGUCCAAGUCAAAUGCUUUGCACAAUUUGAACAAUGCUUUUAAUGUUGCUGAGGAGAAGCUUGGACUUACAAAGCUGCUUGAUGCAGAAGACAUCUUUGUGGAGCACCCUGAUGAGAAGUCAAUCAUUACGUAUGUUGUGACGUACUACCAUUACUUCAGUAAGAUGAAGCAAGAGACGGUUCAAGGCAAGAGAAUUGGCAAGGUCGUAGGAAUUGCCAUGGAGAAUGAUCGUAUGGUGCAGGAAUAUGAGGGUCUUACUUCAGAUCUUCUACGGUGGAUUGAGGCUACUAUCAGCGCUCUUGGUGAACGAGACUUCGCCAAUUCCCUCGUUGGUGUACAGGCACAACUAACACAGUUCAAUACCUACCGCACAGUUGAAAAACCUCCUAAGUUUGUUGAGAAGGGCAAUCUGGAAGUAUUGCUUUUUACACUGCAGUCUCGAAUGAGAGCUAACAAUCAGAAGCCAUACACUCCAAAGGAAGGCAAGAUGAUCUCUGACAUUAAUAAGGCCUGGGAACGGCUGGAAAAAGCAGAGCAUGAAAGGGAGCUUGCUCUGCGGGAGGAGCUGAUACGACAGGAGAAACUUGAGCAACUGGCAGCUAGGUUCAACCGAAAGGCAAGCAUGCGUGAGACUUGGCUAAGUGAAAAUCAGCGUCUUGUUUCUCAGGAUAACUUUGGAUUUGACCUUGCUGCUGUGGAAGCAGCUGCAAAGAAGCACGAGGCCAUUGAGACUGAUAUCUUUGCAUAUGAAGAGCGUGUCCAGGCUGUUGUUGCAGUUUCCCAGGAACUGGAGGCUGAGAACUACCAUGAUAUUGACCGAAUUAAUGCCAGGAAGGACAAUGUGCUGCGUCUGUGGAACUACCUGUUGGAACUUCUGCGCGCAAGACGCAUGAGGUUGGAGCUCUCACUCCAGUUGCAGCAGAACUUCCAGGAGAUGCUGUAUAUCCUAGAUUCCAUGGAGGAACUGAAAUUACGUUUAUUGUCGGAUGACUAUGGCAAGCACCUAAUGGGUGUGGAAGAUCUUCUGCAGAAACAUUCUUUGGUGGAGGCUGAUAUCAAUGUGCUGGGAGAACGUGUAAAGGCAGUGGUUCAACAGUCACAACGCUUCCUUGACCAAGAAACAACAGAAGGAUAUCGGCCGUGUGACCCUGCCAUCAUUGUGGAACGUGUACAGCAGCUUGAGGAUGCAUAUGCGGAGUUGGUGAAAUUGGCAGUGGAACGCCGAGCUCGAUUGGAUGAAAGCCGCAAACUUUGGCAGUUCUACUGGGAUAUGGCAGAUGAGGAGAACUGGAUAAAGGAGAAGGAACAGAUUGUGACUAAUGGAGACAUUGGCCAUGACCUAACUACAAUCAACCUUCUCUUGUCAAAGCACAAGGCUCUUGAAAAUGAAAUAGGUAGUCACGAGUCACAGCUUAUGUCAGUAGUAGCUGUAGGAGAUGAUCUUGUGCAUCGUCAACACUUUGGUGCUGACCGCAUCCAGGAACGGCUCCAAGAAAUACUGGGAAUGUGGCAGCAUCUGAUAGAUGCAGCAGCAUACAGACGUAAGCGAUUGGAGGAGGCUGUGGACUUCCAUCAGUUCUUUGCAGAUGCAGAUGAUGUGGACAUCUGGAUGCUGGACACAUUGAGGCUGGUGUCAAGUGAGGAUGUAGGUCGUGAUGAAGCAAAUGUACAGUCUCUUCUCAAGAAACACAAGGAUGUGACCGAUGAACUGAAAAAUUACAGCUCUACUAUUGAGACUCUGCAUAAGCAGGCAGAACAGCUUGGAGAACAGGAUAGAAAAUCUCCUGAGGUUGUGGAACGUCUUGCUAGUAUUGAUCACCGGUACAAGGAAUUGCUGGAGCUUGCAAAACUCCGUAAGCAGCGGUUGCUGGAUGCGCUCUCACUGUAUAAGCUGCUGAGUGAGUCAGAUGGUGUUGAGCAGUGGAUAGGCGAGAAGGAUCGUAUGCUGCAGACCAUGGUUCCGGCUAAAGAUAUAGAAGAUGUGGAGAUCAUGAAACAUCGUUAUGAUGGUUUCGAGAAAGAAAUGAAUGCCAAUGCAUCACGAGUAGCUGUGGUGAACCAGUUAGCACGACAGUUGCUACAUGUGGAGCACCCCAACUCUGAACAAAUACUAGCACGGCAAAAUCAGUUGAAUCAUGAAUGGGCAGAACUUAGGGAGAAGGCAGAAGCUAAACGUGAUGAAUUGAACUCUGCCCAUGGAGUUCAAACAUUCCACAUUGAGUGUCGUGAGACAUUGUCAUGGAUAGAAGACAAAAAGAGAAUCUUGCAGUCCACAGAUAGCCUAGAGAUGGAUCUUACAGGCAUCAUGACACUGCAGCGGCGACUGUCUGGAAUGGAGCGUGAUCUGGCAGCCAUUCAGGCAAAGCUGGAUUCUCUAGAACAGGAGGCAGAUUCUAUUGGCACAGAACAUCCUGAUGAAGCAGCCCUUAUCCGUGAGAGAAUAACGCAGAUCCAGCAGAUCUGGGAGCAGCUCACACAAAUGCUGAAAGAGCGUGACUCAAAAUUGGAAGAGGCAGGUGAUCUUCAUCGGUUCCUGCGAGACCUGGAUCACUUCCAGAUGUGGCUCACCAAGACUCAGACGGAUGUAGCUUCGGAAGACACUCCUGCAUCACUGGCUGAAGCAGAGAAGCUGUUGAACCAGCAUCAGAGCAUCCGGGAAGAGAUAGACAACUAUACAGAUGACUAUGCAAAGAUGAUGGAGUAUGGAGAGCGCAUCACUGCAGAACCCUCGACGCAAGAUGAUCCUCAGUACAUGUUCCUGCGGGAACGAUUGAAGGCCCUGAAGGAUGGCUGGGAAGAACUGCACCAGAUGUGGGAAAACAGACAACAGUUGCUGUCACAGUCGCUGAAUCUGCAGAUGUUCAACCGUGAUGCUAAACAAGCAGAAGUUCUGCUAUCACAACAAGAGCAUGUCCUUAGUAAGGAUGAGACCCCGAUCAACUUGGAACAGGCAGAAAACCUGAUAAAACGACAUGAAGCCUUCCUGACAACAAUGGAGGCCAACGAUGACAAGAUCAACAAUGUUGUGCAGUUUGCUGGUCGUCUGUGUGACGAGGGCCACUUUGCAGCCGAUAAAGUUCACAAGAAGGCAGAGAAUAUCAAUGAGAGGCGCAACGCUAACCGUGACCGUGCACUUCUGCAAAUGGAAAAACUGAAAGACCAAUUGCAACUUCACCAGUUCCUACAGGAUUGUGAGGAACUGAGUGAAUGGGUGCAGGAGAAGAAUAUUACAGCCCAAGAUGAAACAUAUCGGAGUGCGAAGACUGUACACAGCAAGUGGACCCGGCACCAGGCUUUCGAAGCAGAGAUUGCAUCCAAUAAGGAUAGGCUUUUCCAUAUCCAGCAGGCUGCAGAAGAGCUGGUAAAAGAGAAACCAGAACUCGCAGAACUGAUUGAGCCUAGAAUUUCUGAACUUGGUCAGCAAUUUGAUGACCUGGAGCGGACCACCAAGGAAAAGGGAGAGAGACUUUUUGAUGCAAAUCGUGAAGUCUUGCUUCACCAGACCUGUGAUGAUAUAGACACAUGGAUGAAUGAUCUUGAGAAGCAGAUUGAGUCGGAAGACACCGGUACUGAUCUGGCCUCUGUUAAUAUCCUCAUGCAGAAACAGCAGAUGAUCGAGACACAGAUGGCUGUGAAGGCAAAACAGGUGUCCGAGCUGGAGACGCAGGCUGAAUACUUACAACGAACUGCUCCAGAGAAAAUGGAUGAAAUCCAAAUGAAGAAGACUCAGGUGGAGAUAAGAUUUGAGCAACUGAAAGCACCUCUCCUGGACAGACAGAGGCAACUUGAGAAGAAGAAAGAAGCAUUCCAGUUCCGACGUGACAUAGAAGAUGAGAAACUGUGGAUAGCUGAGAAAAUGCCACAGGCCACUUCAACUGAGUAUGGUAACAGUUUAUUCAAUGUGCAUAUGCUGAAGAAGAAAAACCAGUCAUUACGCACAGAGAUUGAUAACCAUGAACCCAGGAUCCAUUUAGUUUGCAACAAUGGACAGAAGCUAAUAGAUGAAGGACAUGAAGAUGCUCUAGAAUUUACACAGCUAAUCGACGACUUGUUGGCCAGAUGGCAACAGCUGAAGGAUGCUGUGGAGAAUCGACGAAACAAACUGUUGCAGUCAGAGAAGGCACAGCAGUAUUUCUUUGAUGCAAGUGAAGCAGAAUCGUGGAUGAGUGAGCAAGAAUUGUACAUGAUGGUGGAGGAUCGUGGCAAGGAUGAAAUCUCAGCACAGAAUUUGAUGAAGAAGCAUGAGACACUGGAGUUGGCUGUAGAAGAUUAUGCAGAUACCAUCAGGCAGUUGGGUGAAACUGCAAGGCAGUUGACCAGUGAACAGCAUCCAGACAGUGACCAGAUAGCUGUGAAGCAGUCACAAGUAGACAAACUGUAUGCUGGCUUGAAGGACCUGGCAGGUGAAAGGAGAGCCAAGCUUGAUGAAGCCCUCCAGUUGUUCAUGUUGAACCGAGAAGUUGAUGAUUUAGAGCAAUGGAUUGCAGAGCGGGAAGUUGUGGCUGGCUCGCAUGAACUGGGACAAGAUUAUGAUCAUGUUACGUUAUUAUGGGAGAGGUUUAAGGAAUUCGCACGAGACACUGAGGCCAUUGGCAGUGAGCGGGUGGCUGCUGUUAAUGGAAUUGCUGAUCAGCUUAUUGGUGCAAGUCACUCCGAUUCUGCCACAAUUGCAGAGUGGAAGGAUGGGCUCAAUGAGGCCUGGCAGGACCUGCUUGAACUCAUUGAAACGAGAACACAGAUGUUAGCUGCAUCACGUGAGUUGCAUAAGUUCUUCCAUGACUGCAAGGAUGUCCUAGGCCGAAUUUUGGAGAAGCAGCACUCUAUGUCUGAUGAGUUGGGUCGUGAUGCAGGCUCAGUUUCAGCUCUGCAGCGCAAACACCAAACCUUCCUUCAGGAUCUGCUGACUCUGCAGUCACAGGUGCAACAGAUUCAGGAGGAAUCUGCAAAACUGCAGGCUUCCUAUGCUGGUGACAAAGCAAAGGAGAUCACCAAUCGUGAAGCAGAGGUCGUAACAGCUUGGGCGAAUCUGCAGGCCUUGUGUGAUGGACGUCGCCAGAAGCUGGCUGACACUGGUGAUUUGUUCAAGUUCUUCAACAUGGUGCGCACACUUAUGCUCUGGAUGGAUGAUGUAGUGAGACAGAUGAACACAUCUGAGAAACCUAGGGAUGUGAGUGGAGUGGAGUUGCUGAUGAAUAACCACCAGAGCUUGAAAGCUGAAAUUGAUGCGCGUGAAGAUAACUUCACUGCCUGCAUUUCCCUUGGAAAGGAACUACUCUCACGCAAUCAUUAUGCUUCCAAUGAAAUCAAGGAGAAACUCGUGUCUCUGACAAAUCAGCGAAAUUCACUUUUGCAUCGUUGGGAAGAGCGCUGGGAGAACUUGCAGCUCAUUCUGGAGGUGUAUCAGUUUGCACGUGAUGCUGCUGUAGCUGAAGCAUGGCUGAUAGCACAAGAACCAUACCUCAUGAGUCAGGAACUGGGUCAUACAAUUGAUGAGGUUGAGAACCUAAUUAAAAAGCAUGAAGCUUUUGAAAAAUCUGCAGCUGCUCAGGAAGAGAGAUUUGGAGCAUUGGAGCGGCUCACAACACAUGAGAAGCGUUACACUUCUGUUUCUGCUCUUGGUUGUGGUGAUGGAAGGGGCCUGGUGAAGCUGUACCCUUUGGCACCCCUGCAUGAUGGUGGAAUGAAUACAGGUUUACCAACCAUUGAGCCUUUUCAGCUCUUCUCAUGCCAAAAUAUUCCAGCCCAAGUAAAACGCCAAAAGUGUUAUUGCAGACCUCCAGAAGAUAUAAUAAGAGCAAUUCUUAUAGACAGUGAAAGGUUUUACAAUCCAAACAGGAGGCGACAUAGACGGGAAUAUACAUCCACUGGAACUAAGCUCAUAUAUCAUAAUGUUGGGGGACCCAAACAGAGGAAGAAAAUGCGAUCAUUUCUUUGGGACUCUGACUGGCGGCAUGGACCUGAAAGUCCUGAUGUAGAGUCACCCGUGUUUGAACCCAGUUUUCAUUCAGUAUUGCUCCCAAGUCCAGAAGAGAAAAUGGUGUUCAAAUAUUCUGAAAACUCUGAGAAUUCCAGACUUUCUCCUGGGUCUAAAAUACAGGCAGAACGUUGUCUCCUUGAUUCCACACUAUCGCCCAGUGUGUUGCCAACUGAACAUGACCUUGUAUCCUUGUGGUCCUCACAAUCCAGUCUCCAGCACAGCCAUGGCUCCACAUUGCCACGUUUUGAUGAGGGUGAAAAUGAACCUACCAACUUAACAGUGGAGUCACCAAAAUCAUUGAAGUCAUUGUUGAGAUUUCAAGUUAAUUCCUCAAAUUGUGAUAACAGUAGGGAAUAUUCUCAAGAUUCAUUGGAUUCCAAAGUAUGGAAAUGGAGUGGGGGUCAGAGAGAUAUGCAUACAAGUGGUAGUUUAUCCAGUUCAAGUGAUAGCAGUUCAUCUGUUCCACAUACACAUCAGUUUGAGUUGAAAGAACUAAAGCGAAGACAAGAGGAAGAAGAGCGGAAACGUCAGGAAGAACUGGCUGCCAAACAGACACCCCCUCCUAGCUCGCCAGAUGAUCAGCCAAGCGAGAGGAUUGAUGGUGAAGUAUCACCAGAAGCAGAACAGGCGCAGCUGAAUGGUGAGAAGGAGGCUGAAACACGAGAAGCCACUCGCAAACCUUCCACCAAGGCAGUGACGCCGUCGGAGCGGCCCGCUGCCCGGGAAGUGCAUGUACCCAGUCUCAGUUUGCCGGUUGCUGAAGAGAUUGCUGAUGCACAACCGGUGCAGGGAGUUCAUGAACGUUCAUCCUCACAGCUCAGUUCCACAGCAGCAAGCCAGACACCACCUUCCUCAGCAGCAUCUACUCCCCGGCUUAGCACUAAGGAGUCGGGAGUGGCUUCUCUGGAUCGCAAGAAGGACCGUGCCCGCUCCAAAUCUCCAUUCCGGAGCUUCCGAUGGAAGAAGGGAUCUAAAAGUCCAACUACGGGUGCUGGGGCACACAGUGAUGAUGAAGCAAAUUUGGAACGGGCUGCAGAACGACCAAGCCCUGGUGCAGAAGAGGACCAGUAUGAGGGCAACCUGGUCCGAAAGCAUGAGUGGGAGUCUACCACAAAGAAAGCAUCAAAUCGAUCAUGGGACAAGCUCUAUGUAGUGCUGCGAGGUAGUUUACUCAUGUUCUACAAAGACCAGAAAAGCUACAAGGCAGCUCCAGAGGGCUACUUUAAAGGGGAGAGUCCUGUUGAUCUACGUGGGGGAUCUACCAAGGUAGCUGAUGACUACACAAAGAAGAAACAUGUCUUCAGGAUCAAGCUGGCAAAUGGGGCAGAGUACCUGUUCCAGGCACGUGAUGAUGACGAGAUGAAUGCAUGGGUACAACGUAUAAGUGUACAGUGUGACCUCCAGGGGUCGGCUGGUCCUUCACGUUCCCAGACGCUCCCAGCUUCUGGUGACCGCAAGGAUGAACCGAAACGUAGGAGCUUCUUCACGCUGAAGAAAAAUUAAAUGCCGUGUGGAGGGAAGUGCAAGCUGUACAGACCAUGUGAACCCUGCCAGUCAAGUUGCGUUCCUGCUCCAUCUAUUGCUUUGUCAUAUUUUAAGUUUCUCUUAUUUUUAUUUCAAGUCUGCAAGAAUACCUUUGUGUAUUUGGAAUGAUUUUUACAGCCAGCUGGAAGUUCCAAAACUUAUACAUGUGUAGAACAAAAUGUGAAGCAACAAAGUCUAGAUGCACACGUCAUACUGCCCCCACUGUACCAGUAUGAAAACAGAUUUCUUGUAUUAUUUUCAUAUCUCCUUUACUAAACCAAACACUUCCUUAUGUGUAAGGUGUUUUGUUAAGAGUGUGAACGGAACUUGAAAGUGGUAACCUUACUUUCCUUGUAUAGGUGUAACAUUAUUCAUAGUUUCCUUUUGUUGCCAUGGGCAACUACUGCCAUGAAGGAAAUUUAACAGGACUUCACAUGUUUUUGUGGGGGAACUUUAUAAUUUGGCUCUCCCCCUCCAAUAAAAUAGUCCUGUUUGAAGAAUACAACACAAUAUAAAGUAGUUUGCAUUUUAAAAAAAUUAUUCUGUUCAGAGUUUUUUAAUCAUUUGUACAUUUGUUCAUUUUAUAUCUGGGUUUAUAAUUUCCAUUGUGCGAGCGAGAGCUUUAUGUCAUCGUAAGAUUGUUUUGUAGUUUGUUCAGUGAUGGUGAGAUUUUGAGAAUGCAGGCUUGGCUGGAUAUUGCAUUCUACAUUCGAUAACAUGUUUGUAUGGCCUGAAUGCUAUUUUGUUGCUUUCUUUGUAAAUGUUUCAGAACGUGGUUUGUCCAUUCUUUCUAGGAUCAUGUCAAUGAUACUGCGAAGUUCUGUAUUUUUAAGCAAGUUAAAAUGAAAAAUGAAUUUAUCAGUUGUUUAUUAUAAAUAGUAGUGCUAGUCAUGUUAAACAGCAUUAGUUUAGUGUGAAAAAUGCAAAAUUCAGGUGAAAUAUAGAAUUAUACUAAUUAUCAUAAAAAUACAGAAAAACGCCGAUGAAAGCUUGAUAAAAUUAUACCUGUUGUCCACUGUGAAACAAUACUUAAUAUAGUGAAGGAAUUCUUAAUUUUGCAUUCUCACCUUUCAGGUUUUUAUCUAAGAAUUCCUCAUUUAUUGCCCAUGUUUCUUUCACAGUAUCAUAAUUUUCAUUGCUUGUGCCUGCUUCAGCCUUUCUUGAAACUGCCCAACAACUUCACCUCACAAGUGGUCUAGAGAUUGUUGUGGAUAAGACUCUAGUGGGAAUUGUAUCUUGUGCUUUCAGUAAUAAAAACAAACACAUAAA